AUGACCAUCGCCCUUCAGAGACUCUUUGUACCCUCCUCACAACUCGCUUUCCUGCCCGCUUUUUGUUUCACGUUGAAGUUGGGCGGUGAUCCCUUCGCCCAAGCCACCAAGGCAGACUGUGAAUGUGGUGACCUCCCUAGAAUCUGGAGAAAGCUGCGGUCGGUGGGUGCACGAGUCCAUCAGUUCCAUGCGGACUACUGGUGGGUGGCUGGGAGACCCUGCCUGGCGAACAUGUAUUUUAACAACGAGAGGCCAUGGCUGUUCAUCAAUACCGAGCCCACUGUGAGGGCGCCUGACGUCUUCAGGGCUGAAGGGGAGGUUAAUCUGCCAGAGCUCCAAAAACACGAGCAAUCGGACAUUUCUCUCACAGACUCUGAGCUUGGGUCAGGCUCACAUGAAGCUCGGCCAGACGAGCAUCCCAAAUGCCAGUCCAGUUUUCCAGAGGCGGACACCUCAGCACAAUCCGACCCACCUGCAAGUAACGCCCCUCCCGAAGCGGGUGCCAAGCAGUCCCGCGUUGAAGACUUCCUGACGGAGCUGGGGCUGAAAACACUGGGGAGCAAGAAGCUGUCCCUGAGCAACGUGCUCAACCUCAGCACAGAGGUGCUUCAGAAUAAGGUGCCGAGAUCGCCUUGGGAUAUCCCAAACUUCUUCCUCUGGAACCUGAUGAUAGUCAAUUCAAAAUCGAGAAAUUUCAAGUACUCCUUGGCUGAGGAAGGACAAGUGGGGAAACGGAAGAGGGGGGACUUGGAGUUCCUCCAACCGGAGGAGAUCCCUGCUAAUUCGUACCACCCCUUGGACAUCAUGAUGGCUAUUUUCCUGUGUGCUGACACAUUUCUCCAGCAGGAACUGAUGCUGAAGAUGUCCCUGUGUCAGUUCGCUUUGCCGCUAUUGCUUCCUGACGGUAAAGAGGGCUGCACCUUCCUGCUGUGGGCCCUGCGCUCCGUUGUGAAGAAGUGGCGCCCGCUCUCUCUCCAAGCGAGCGCAGGCUUCAGAGAAGCCAACAUGGUGACCGAGAGGGUGCCGACCUUUUCCUUCCUGCGCCUUGGCACCUGCUCUAUCUCCAAGUCCAAGAUCCUGAACGAUGCCCUCAGCACCGUGGAGCAACACCACAACUUCUUCGUCCACUCCGGCAUGGAGUGCGGGAAUUUACCGCGGAGGAUCUCCGACGGCCUGGCUGAGCUGUGCUGGUACCUGCCCAGCGGGAGCGCGGAUCUGGACCUCUUCCCAGAACCGAUGGCCAUAUUCAACCUCCGAGGCGACGGCAGAGCAUUCCACGGGCAGGCCCAAUUCCUAGCGAAGGCUUCGUCGGCCCUCUUCGUCUUCGUCGACAAUGUAGAUGGAGGGGUCAGCAGCUACCUCAGCUCCUUGGUGGAGUCUGUGAAGAACCUCUUUCUAAUUCUGUCCCACAAGGACGUGACCGACGAAACAAGAAGUCAGGUGAGGGAGUUGAUCUCUUCGUCGGUUGUGAGGAAGGAGUGCGUUUUAGUUCUGGGCAAGAAGAACGAUGCGGAGUUUGCGCAAUUGCUUCGGACCGUGCUGAAGGAAUUAGCUCUAAGUGGGAAUCACCAGGAUGAAGAAAUCCCAACUCCUCCAUCCCAGACCACCGGCAAGAGUCUCGAGGACAUGGCAGCGAUCGCCAGGAGAGUUGGGGUCAAAGUGGACGAGGACGAAGAGCAAUGUUCGCUCGGCCAGAGAAAGUCGGAAGAGAUUCUCCGCUCCAUCAAAACCGAGGGAAUUGCAAGCUUCAAGAAGGCGAGGAUGACUUUCCAAGGGGAUACCUGGCAGAAGAUCUCCCAACUGGAAAAGGAGGCAUGUCGCCUGAAGAAACGAGGGCAAAUGCCCACCAAUCAGUACAUCAACCAGCUCAGAGAGAGGCACAAGGCUUUGUGCAAUGCACAAAGGAGGGAAGGCCUGUCGCCUGACGUGAAGGUGUUCAUCGAAGCCCUGACCGGCUGGAAGGGAGGUGAGAGGAAGCAUUUCCUGCAGUGGAUGAAAUUCGGGCUGGAUUCCAGCUCAAGAGAAACCCUCUCUGUCUUGCGAGAAAGGUACAAAGCCCUGUACGAGAGCUCUCAGGAGGGCCCGACGGAAACCCUGGCAGAAGUGUGGAGGCAGCUGCAAAGGCUGGACCGGCAGAUAACCGCCAGCUCCCUGGGCCUGGAGCAUUUCAUGCGGGAAAUUGGACUGAUCUACGAACGUUUCACCGAGAACAGCAAUGUGGGUAAGGAAGAGAAGAGUGCGGUGUACCGGUUACCCACUGCCGCCGCCAACCUGAUGUUGGAUGGCUUCCCUCUGGAGCUCAUCGACGGAGACGUUUCCAACAUCCCUCUGCGGUGGGUGACCGCCGUACUGAAGGCGGUUGAAGACAAGAUUGGCAGAGAGACCCGGGUGUUUGUGCUGACGGUGCUGGGCGUGCAAAGCACCGGCAAGUCCACCCUCCUCAACACCAUGUUCGGCCUGCAGUUUGCCGUGAGCAGCGGGCGGUGCACCCGAGGCGCCUUCAUGCAGCUCAUCCGGGUCACCGGGCGGCUGCGGGCGGAGCUGGGCUGCGGAUAUGUCAUGGUGAUCGACACAGAGGGGCUGAAGGCCCCGGAGCUCUCUGGCGUCGACGAGAGCCACGAGCACGACAACGAGCUCGCCACCCUCACCAUCGGUCUGAGCGACGUCACCCUGGUCAACCUGGCCAUGGAGAACUCCGCCGAGAUGAAGGACGUGCUGCAGAUCGCCGUGCACGCCUUCAUCCGCAUGAAGGAGGUGGGCAAGAGGCCGGCCUGCUACUUCGUUCACCAGAACGUCAGCGACGUGUCCGCCCACGACCAGAACAUGAGGGGCCGCAAGCGCCUGCUGGAGCAGCUCGACACCAUGACGCGGGCGGCGGCGAAAAUGGAGAAGCAGGAGCGUCGCUUCACCAAGUUCACCGACGUGCUGGAGUACGACGCAAAAUCGAACAACUGGUACAUCCCGGGCCUGUGGCACGGCAAUCCACCCAUGGCCGCCGUCAACACCGGCUACAGUCAGAAGGUGUUCGAGCUGAGAAAGAUGCUUUUCAAAUGCUUCUCGAGCCAGCCGCCAAGGAAACACAAGCUCUCCACCGUCUCAGAGUUUGUCAUCUGGACUCAGGCCCUGUGGAAAGCCGUGAAGUACGAGAAUUUCAUUUUCAGCUUCAGGAACAGCCUGGUGGCCGAGGCCUACAAAGAGCUCUCUGUCAAGUACACCGACCUGGAGUGGCAACUGAGGAAAGACAUACACACCUUCGUCGAGAUGGUGGAGAACAAAAUCGCCAACGCCAAAGACGAUCCAGAAGGGGUCGCCAGUCGCUUGAAAGGGGACCAGGAGCAGCUGCUGUUGGAGGGCAAACAGAGGGCCCUCCAGGAGCUGGAAGAUUAUUUCUCCAAUAGCAAUAAUGCGCACCUUAUCGAAAAAUACAGGGCCGAAUUUGUCUCCAGCAUCGACUCGGUCAUCAUUGAGCGCAUGACUUACGCAGAUGUCAAAAGCAAGCAGGCCGUCCAGAGGUGGAGAAACUUACAGAAGAUGAAUGAAAUUAAGGCCAGUUAUCAAAGCCAGAUUGAAGGGCAGGUCAACAAGCUUCUGCAGAAGUGCAGACAGGAGAAAAGGAGCCUGGACGAUGCCGAGCUUCGGGAAGAGUUUGAGGUUAUGUGGGAGAAAACACUUUCAACGUUAGAACGUGGACCGAGUGUAAGGAGCGACGUUGUGAGUGACAUGGAGACUAAACUGAUUCAGAACAUGCCAGGGCACAGCCAUUUAAUUAACGAGACGCUUGCUGGCAAAGACUGGUUCCAAACAGAGUUUGGAGCAUUCCGAGUUGACAAAGAUCACAUCGACAGAAAAACGGUGGACGACAGUCCUCGGGCUUUUGUGGUCAGGCUUUUGCACAGGAUUUUUCCCAAAAAAUGCAACAUCUCACACCGAGCGGAGGAGUGGGCGAUGUGGUGCUUGGAAGAAUGCAGUGUGUUUGUGGGGAAUAUGGUGCAGAGACGUCAGGACUACGAUUCCACCUACUUCCAAGAGCUUUUGAGAACAGUGGAUGAGAAGAUCCAGGCGCACAAUGACGAGGAAUUCAGCUUCACCGAGAGGUUCAAAGUGGAUUUCAGCAUCCACGUGUGCGGUGUGGCCUCUGGGGAAUUCGAAUCAAUGCAGAACAAGUUCAGGAAGAGGAACGACGUCUUAGAGCUGUUGAAUAAAGAGAAAAUGAAUUACUACAACAGCUUCAGGAAUAUCUACCAGGAAAAGGACCAGACCAAACAGAGGGCAGAGUUAUUCUGCAAAUCUUGCUUGGAACCAGCUUUGAUGAAUGCUGUCAUCAAGAAACUAGGGCCAGAGAUUGUGGACCAUAUGAGAUACUACGGGAAAGGGGGGAAAUUCAAAUUUCGGAAAAACUUCCAAGUGGCUCUUAUGCUGCAUUUGAAAGAAGAGGACAAUUUUGACAAUUACCACUGGUACAUCCAACGCACGGUGUCAUAUGAGAAGACGUGGUUGAGAAAGCAAGUCACAGAGUUCUGUGCAGCUGCAAGUGGGGAACAGCCCCUGCUGUGCUCUCUUGCACUGGACAUUCUGAAAACAUUCAUCAACCUAGUCAAAGCAGCCAUCAAGAAUGUAACAUCCCAGACUAAAGAGGUUGCAGUGUCCUGUGUUAUCCAGAUGCUUAAGGAAAAACUUGGAUCAGAGAUUCAGAUACCAGACAUCCAGUUGGCAGCCAUUACCUUCGGAGCUGAAAAGAUUAACGUUGAGAAUUUCACCCACGAAGUCACCAGCUUCAUCUAUGAAGUAGAAAACUGUCUGGUAUGUCAGAUUAACAGUUGGGCAAAUGAUGCUGAUGCAAUCAUGAAAACAUUGCCCGUAGACCCGACCGAGGAGCUGUACGCAAUGUUAUCCGGCUGCGGCACAAGGUGCCCCUUUUGUGGCGUUCUGUGUGACUGCACAAAUGCUAUACACGCUCAGCACAGUGCUGAAUAUCACCGCCCUCAGGGUCUCACUGGAUACCACUUUAUUAAAAGUAGGAAACUCAUAACAGAGAAUUGUACCACACUAGUCGCGAGUGAUACCGAGUUCAGAAACCAAGACACGAAAGGAGAAUUUUGGCCCUACAAAAACUACAGGAAUCUCGGCACAAGGUACAGUUGCUGGAACAUCAUUGCCGAUACGACCAUCAAAACGUCUGCCUUCUGGAAGUGGGUCUUCCACACCUAUAACCAACAACUCGCUCAGAAAUACACGGUGCUCCCGGCAGACCCUAUCAGUGGCUGGAAUAUAUCCUGGGGUGAGAUUAGAGAAGACAUCGAAAACAGUUACAAUGUCAGGAUCGAUGAAUUUUGUUAGCUCAAGUCGCUGCUGGUCACUGACAUGCUAUUGUGACACACGGCCAAAAUUUGCUGUGAACUGCGGCAUUGAAUGGGAGGUAUUGCAUUAAUCCCCGAUCAGAUACCUGGCCUGACAUUCGCUCCCGGUGAAAUUAGACUAGACUAGACUUACAGUGUGGAAACAGGCCCUUCGGCCCAACAAGUCCACACCGACCCGCCGAAGCGCAACCCACCCAUACCCCUACAUUUACCCCUUACCUAACACUACGGGCAAUUUAGCAUGGCCAAUUCACCUGACCCGCACAUCUUUGUGACUGUGGGAGGAAACCGGAGCACCCGGAGGAAACCCACGCAGACACGGGGAGAACGUGCAAACUCCACACAGUCAGUCGCCUGAGGCGGGAAUUGAACCCGGGUCUACAGGCGCUGUGAGGCAGCAGUGCUAACCACUGUGCCACCGUGCCGCCCACUUAGUGGAACUGAGUAUCAGCUGGGGGAUGUAACUGGCAAGAGUCCUGACACUCCCUCCCCUGUUCAACCCGCACUACUGAGGUUUAAUAAGAGGACUACGACUAGAGAACACCAGAUGGGAUAUUUGAACGUGGCAACACAUCAUUUCAAAUUAAAGCAGACAACCAAUCAAAAGGAUGUAUCUUAUUUUAAUCUAUUGAAAUAUGACAGUAACAGAAUUCACAAUACCACAGCACCCUGGUCGACAGGAACGCACAAUCAAAUCCAUCAUCACUGCUCAAAACCUCUUCCACUAUGACCUUGUAUCUCUGGCUGAUCACCAUAACCUCGCAAACACUGGAAACCACCUGCUCCUGUCAACUCCAUUCAAGCCUUCGGGCCUCUAAUACACUCGAGUCCUAACAUGAAGGGUGAAAAGUCAAAAUGGGACUGAGACCGAACGACCUACUGUUCCGGUCAGGAAUACACCUUUAUAAUUGCCAAUGUUCCUGCUUCUAGUUCCAUUCUACUGAGCGCAAGGAAAGGUUACAGUGCGGAAAUUCCACAUAUAGAAUGCAAAGUUGACCCUAUUGACUUCAAAUUGUGAAAACCUUUCAGAUCUCAAUGACAGCCCCAUGUAUCAGUAUGUUGUUUAAAUGUAUAGUCGGCUGAUCUCAUACUUCAUUUAUUUUCCUACUUGGCCAUGGUUGGUAGAUUUAGUUCAGCAGGAGAUCUCAAACGAUGUGCGAGCCGUUAACUGGAAGAGAUGCAUCUGCAUUCUGUUGGUAGCUUCAUUGGAAUCCAUGGGGAGUUGCUGCAAAUGUUCCUCAGGGUGGUGACCUAGACCCUGUCCAUCAAUGCCUGCUUCCCCUUCCUCAGGCACAACGGCGAAAGCGCAAAAUUGUUCGCCUACGACUGCUCAGUGUUCAGCGGUGUUUGUGACUCCACAGAUACCGAAGAAGUCUAAGUCUAGCUGUAGCAAGCCUUUAGCCUUGGGCUGUUAAACGGCAAGUAGCAUUCAUGCCCAACAAGUUCCAGGCAAAGGCUGUCUCCCAACAAGAGACCUUUGAUAUUCAACGGCGUCACCAUCACCGAAUCAGCCAACGUCAAUAUUUUUGGGGGCUACAUUGAUCAGAAGCUGAGCUGGACGAGCCACAUAAUUACCAUGGCUGGGAAUUAUCAGCAAGUAACUCAACUCCUGAUUCUCCAAAGCCGAUGAAGUCAGAGAGUGCGGUGGAAUACUCAACAAUUGCCUGGAAGAGUGCAGCUCCAACAACCUCAAGAAGCGCAACACCAUCCAGGGCAAAGCACACCCCUUCCACCUAGUUAAAUGUUCACUCUAAUCAUCAGAGCAAUGAUUGUCAAAUACAGCAGGCAUUGUGGAACUAUUGCUAAUCCUCCUCUGACAGCAUUCUUCCAAACUUACAACCUCUAGCACCUGGAAGGACAAGGGCAGCAGAUGCUGGAGACCACUGGCUACCGCAGGCUCCUAUCCAACUCGCACAGCGUCCUGACUUGGGGCUGCGCUGCCGUUCCUUCACUGAUACCAGGUUGAAAGCACUGUUGGGUGGACCUAUGACAGACAGGUGACACCAACCCAAGGGCUCAGCACCGCCCUCUCAAUUCUGGAGGGACAACCCACGUUACAAUACUCACACCCCAUGGAAAGAAAUGAUGGUUUAAAAAAAACCCUUCAGUUUCUACAGAAAUUCAGCCCAUUCCACAUUGAAGUUCUGGCUUGUGAUAUCAUAGCCUUAUGGAGUGUCAGAACACUGAGGUCUAUAUUUGGACAGUAUCCCCUAGAGUCGAGCAAUACUCCCACUGAUUUCACUCAGGUAUAGCUUAUCACAAUA